UAGUAUGUAUGUAUUUGCUCACCACUGUUAUAAACAUUUUUCUUUAAGCACGCCAUCUAUUGCUUGAAAACAACACUAAAAGCAUUGAUGCUGCGGAUUUAUGUGAUCUACACACUUUUAACUGACAGCCAAGAUGUUAAUUGGUAAUAUAAAUGCCUAUGGGCAGAGGGCGCCUUGAUCAUCAAUCUUAGCCACCAGUGCCAAUAUAGAACGUGACUUACCUUUACCCGGAGGCGUCACCGUUGGUUUAGGCCGCAUUACCGGUUCGUCUAGCAUCGAAACACUUGUACGUGUGGGCAUUGAAAAAGAACAUGGACUCAGUCCUGAUUCCAAAAUGGUAGUUCUGCAUGACUUUACACCAUGUGUCGAUGAUGAGCUGGAGGUCAAACGCGGCCAAAUCGUCAAUAUCUUGUAUAGAGAAAAUGAUUGGGUCUAUGUUAUUGGAGAAGACUCGCGCCAAGAAGGUUUUAUACCCUACUCCUAUUGUGCCCCCUAUAAUACCCAAUUGGCGGAUAUGGCUAUUAAGAAGAAACUUCCACGUGGAGAUGCAGGAGAACAUGGAGAAACUAUACCCUUACUAGCCCCUAACGAGGGAAACAAAUUGGAUCUAAUCGAAGAAGUCAGCAAUGCCCAAGCGGCAUUGAAGAAUGCGGUGGCCGAGCUAACAUCACCUUUGUCAAUGGAGUCUGAGUGCACUCCCUUUCACAAAGAGCCCAAUGGACGCUACAUAGUGCUCUACACAUUUAUUGCACGUGACGAAAACGAUUUGUCCGUAGAAAGGGGAGAAUUUGUUACUCUUUUAAAUCGUGACGAUGUCGAUUGGUUUUGGAUUGUGCGCAGCGAUGGUCAAGAAGGUUUUGUCCCCUCGGCUUUUAUAUAUCCGGCCGAUAGUGUUUUACAGACUCAACAAAAGUUAAUCGAAAAUAAUCUGAACAAAUCCAAUGGACAGGUAGUAGCUGCGGGUACUGGUGCCUCACAAGGAAACCUAAAUUCAUUGAGUCAACCAGUGACGAUGGCCAAUAAUGGUAAUGGCACAAUGGAGAACUCCAUACAACAACCACAGAAUAGUCAAAAUUCAGCUCAGAUUCCUGCUGAUGAUGUACGUUAUGGCACUGAAUUGGUAAUGCUAUAUGACUAUAAGGCUCAAGCACCAGAUGAUUUAAGCGUACGUAGAGGUGAUUGGAUAUAUGCAGAUUUAAACAAUCAAACCGUUGAUGGAUGGUUAUGGUCCUAUGCACCCAAAACCAGAAAAUAUGGUUUCAUACCAAAAGCCUAUGCAAGACCGCCGGCAAUGACAAGCCUUUAAAAGGAAAUUAAAAAUAUAUAAGUUAUGAUAAGAAUGGUUUAAGAUUAAGCUAUUAAAGCCCUCAACUCUAAUUUGUUUUACUUUGAAACUUUCAUUUGAUGACUGAUUGCCAUCAGGAUUCACUGAUUAGUGAAUCCUGGAUUGACAUGAAUACUCAAAACUUUGUUUUCCAUAUUUUUCCAUAGACUUUAUUAAAU